UGUAGAUAGCAACAGUGUCAACAUUUUUUUUUCUAUUUUCUAUCCAUUAAAAUGGAUAUUUUUGGGGCAGGUAGAAGGAGAUCCAAGCCUUCGUUUCUCGGCGGGAUAGACGAAGAAACUCCAGGGGAAGCUGUGAAACAAAAAGUGCUAGUUGACAGUAAGCGUGGAGACAGUCCUGAAGCAGGAGAUGCCAGCGAAAGAGAGAAACAGGACUAUGAGGUUAACAAUGACAGGAAAAAGGAUGACAGUAGUAGCAGUGACAGCAGUGAUGAUGAUUCAUCAGAGGACUUCGAUGAGCCAGAAGAAUGGCAUGAUGUAUAUACAGAGAACGCUAAACCACCCAGCGCUCUGACAAUAACACAUGUGAACCAGACCCAUGAACUACAGCAAUUUGCAAACAUUGAGGCGGCAGUAAAUGCAGAACACCAGAGCUCCGAUGAGUGGCUGAAAAGUCACAGUCUGGAAUACCUUAACCUGGAACUGAAGAACCUGGUUGACAGAGGGAAAGUGGGCAGACUUGAACCUGACCUCAAGACUGGCAAACCAAAGCAACACAUUCAGUUUGAUGCCUAUGAUGUGAAUGAGUUUGAAUACAAGCUGAAUCUGUCUAUUGAAUCAUUCACAAAGAGAAUAAAAUGGCUCCUGACUGGCAGUAAAAGGGUUUUUGGGAAUGUGAAGGGAGGAAGAGUGGUCGUGUGUGUGGACAGCUCUGAUGCGAACACCGGCUUCGGUCGCCUCACUGCAUUACAGGAGUCUCUCAUUCAUCUGAUAGACGAGCAAUUGCCCAGUAAGAAAGGCGUAUAUCUGAUGUCGUUCGGUACAGAUAUCGAUCCAUUAUGGCCUGUUGUAAGAGAUGUCAAUAUUCGAAUUAUCGAAGAGGCAAAGGACUGGGUGAUGCGUUUAAAACCAUCUGGUGGCUGCAACCUGCUCAAGGCUAUGAAACACAUCUACAAACUGAAAGAUGUGGACUCCAUAAUGCUCGUUCUUGGCAGUGUACCUGACCAGGUGUCGGACAUCCUGUGUGAUUAUAUCUACCAGAUGGGCGUUGGACGUUCAAUCCCUCUUCACUGUGUGGCUUACGAUUGCAGCAACCAACUCACAAAUGUCACCUUACGUAAUGUUGCUGAGGCUUCACAAGGGAGGUACCACUGUUACACGGCGAGCUGUGAGGAGCAAAUCUACACAGGCACAGAUAUCAGCGUGAUUCUGAAGGAGAUUCAGAAGGCUCAGGAUGUCAUCAACCGCAUCAAGGAGAUGAGGCAGGGCAUGAUGGGAAGUGCUCUCAUAUCAAUCAUGAAUGAGAUAUCAACUGAGGUUCAAAAAUUGCCACAGUCUCGAUUCUUACCUCGUCCACCAGGGCAUGAUAAGCCACUGAAAACUGAGAUGCCAAAGUUCCAGCCGAAAUCUUCCAUCGAGUGGAUCAAACAUCAUGGGCUUAAAGCCAAGCAGUUGGACCUCUAUCAAGUUCUUGCUCCAAAUGCGUACUCCUACAAAGAGGAAUUCAUCCCAGUUAUCAAAAAGGCUGUCCAGUCUCAAGUUCAUGAAAAAGCGAUGGUACAGUUCAAAUGGCAUGACGGUUCAGUGAAGAAUGUUCACGUUGACAUGACACAGUUAUUUGAAUAUCAGAAGCAUCUGGCAGCGACGGUCAGCACAUACGAGAGCAGGAUAGACUGGCUCGCUAGCGGCAGUCGGAGAAUCUUUGGAACAGUUUGUGAACGAAACGUGGUUAUUCUCGUAGACCUGUCCGUGUCGAACGUCAACUACCUCGUGCACAUACAACACUCAUUGAGACUGCUGAUGGAACAACAACUGGCCAACAAGGAUUACUUCAACAUCAUUGCGUUUGGAAGCGUGACGGUGGCAUGGAAGCCGACAAUGUGCAAACCAACCCUCGAAAACCUGCAGGAAGCAUGGAGGUGGGUAUUGGAUUUACAAUGUGGCGGAAGUCGGAACUUCUUGGACGCCUUCCGAAAGUGUGUGGAAAAUGAAGAAGAACGCUCACACAGUAUUCCUCCUGAGGGGGUUUACCUGUUUACAAGUGGUGUACCUGACCAGGACGUCAACGUUUGUCAAGCUUUUAUUGAAGAAAGCACAAGUGGCAGAAAUAUUCGUUUGCACACAAUCCUGUUCAACGUUGACGAUUACGAUGCCAAGGGCGCUAUCCCAGGACGUUACGCCAACAUAACAGGGACUGCCGAAUGUCUGAGAAACAUGGCUCACAGCAGUGGGGGACGAUUUCAUUGGAUAAGGGAGACAGGUAUCAUCGAAAGUGAUGACAUCCAAGUGAUCACGACAGAGGUGGAUAAGUGCCUGAACUUCUCGCGUAAAUGUCAGAUGCUGAUCGAUAACGUCAAGAAAAAGUACAGGGAUAGAUAUCACCGUGAGGAGACGUUACCCCUCCCAUCCCCCGAGCGAACCUCAAGGAAGGCCAAUGUAGCGUCAGAAUCUAGACCACUUGCUAUAAAGUUUGAGGCUGAGGACAUAGAGCAACAGGCCAUUGAAGCACCAAAAGUACGACAGAGACCAUCAAGCGCAAAGGGUCCAGGAGAAUCAAUGCUUCCCAUGAGAUCAAAAGCACGCCCAGCCUCUGCCCGUGACCCUCUGGAGCGUGUGCGUAAGAAGCGUGUUCUCAAGUCAAACUUCUUCCUGGACAGCGGGUCAAAGCCCCAGGGUGGGGAUGGAACAGGCGUGGUUUUCAGAAAAUACCCUGCCCCUCGACCAAUCAGAAAAGCUGUUGCUCAUCCCACUAUGCCCGAUGGAGAGGACCAGAUUACAACCAAGGAGUGGUUGAGACUCUACAGCUUAUCUAAACUGAAGCUUGAUUUGACAAAACUCGUGUCAGGUCCCGACUGCAAGCACGUCGAGCAGAAGGUCAAAACACUCAACAAACAAGUGUCUGCCAAGUACUGUGACAUUUUCCCGAGCAUCAAUAUUAAGGGUACGGUGAAGCACCUGCAGCUGAUGCCUCAUGAGCUCGAGGAUUACGAAAAACAGGUGGAGAAAGUCCUAAAACGCUACCUGCGACGUCUCCAGUGGCUGCUUAGUGGUAGCCGCCGUGUGUUUGGCACAGUUGUUCACAAGAAGUGUGCCAUUCUUAUUGACACAUCUGGUUCCAUGGUUCCUUACAUGGAGGAAUUGAAGAAAGAACUGGCCUCUCUCAUCUGGGAGCAACUCUAUAGGCAGGGAUGCAGGUUCAACUUGAUUCGCUUUUCCGGCAACUGUGAAAAGUGGCAAGACAGGAUUCAACCGGCAACUCAAGAGAACUGCCAUGCAGCAAUCAAGUGGGCCUCUACUCUGAAAGCCAGUGGAAACACAUGUACACUGGAAGCUUUACAGCUUGCAUUUGAUGACCAAGAGAUAGACUCAGUGUAUUUGUUGACGGACGGGAAACCAGACACCAGUACAUCGCUUGUACUUCGAGAAGUUGCGGAAGACACCAAAAAUCUCAUUCCCAUCAACACCAUUUCGUUUAACUGCAAUGACAGUACUGCAAACAAUUUCUUGAAACUGUUGGCUGCUGAGACGUCUGGACGUUACCACCGCUGUCACAGUGACUUUGAUGCUCAGCUUUUCACACAUAAACUCCUUACAGAAGGGUUUGAUGAUUCAGAGUAUCCACAUCUUCCCGACCUAGAGGGUGAUGACCUACGCAGAAUGGGGCAAGAAGUCACACUGGCCAGGAAAUAUUUGCAACAGGCCAGACAAUACCGGGCUCUGUAUAAAUCAAAACAAACAACACAUACAGAAGAAUCUGAAACUACACAGAGCAAGCCAAUUUCCGUUGUUGGCAAACCAAGAGGUACAGCUCCAAACUAGUUGGUAGUCCAUAACUUUACAUUCUUGUGAUGAAGACAAGCUUGCAUUGACAGAGUUCUCAGUCCUUGAUUUCCUAUGCGGAUAAUAAGGCUCCUUUUCACUAAUCAAACAAAAUAUUUCCCCUUUUGUGGGUGAAGUUCACCAUAGAAAAACAUAUAAUAAAAAAUGAGUAUUUAAGUAAAAUAUUUUCUGUAUUAUUUUAAAUGUUGACUCCUCAGAAUGAUUUGUAAAUUUAAUAAAGUUUUUUUUUUUUUUAAAUAAUUUCAUUCAUAAGGCUGUAAAUCUUAACAAUUUCCUUGCAAGGGGAACACUUUGCAAACAUUUUCCCCAUUUUAGAGGGCACAGGAGUCUUCUUGUAGGUACAGAGACAUUUGUGGACUUCUGACAGACUUCCAUUUCAAGAUAAAAAAGAGAUAAGAAGAUGUUAUUGAAGGAAAGAAAGUAAAAUCUGCUUGGUUAUUCGAAUUAAAGAUGGAAGCAGAUAGAAAGCUGAAUGAAGAAAAAGAAAUCUUCAAGAUUGUAUAUUACUGUUGUUUCUUUCAAUUUUGCAAGGGUUUUGAUUUGGCUAAAAUACCAAGCAAUAUGAUUUUUUAGCAACAUUUCGUAUUUGUUGGAAGUAACGCAUAUCAAUAUUUCGCUAUUAUUCUUUAUAGGAAAUAAAAAAAAUUGUGGGAUUUGUGAUUGUUAUUUUUGGUUUUGAUUUUAUAAAUAGGUACCUUGCAAAUUGAAAGUAAUUAACAAUAUUCAUUGAUACCAGUUAUAUCUUCUGAUAGUCCUGACUAUAAAUGAAUUGUUAUGUUUGAUAUGGCUAUACAAACUCAUAUUUCAUAAGUAGAAUUUGAUAAAAGCAUUUUAUUUUGUAUUUUAAAAUCAUGGUGUUUGAAACGUACAGUAGACUUUUUAAGAUUUUUUUUGCUACUUAGCCUAGUCAUCACUUUGAAAGUAGGAUUAAUAUGUUUAUUGUUUUUGAUAAUUAUCAUAUAUUUUAUGCAGAUUUUUAAUUUAUAAUUGUCUGUGAUACACAUAACGUUAUUUGCUUAACAUUUUUUGCUUUGUAUAUACUAUUCCGUCCCAAGAAAACUGAUCUGUAUUGUAUAGGGUACAUUUCUGUUGCAUUUACAUAUUGUACAAGAUGCAAGAUGCAUAAAUAGUUAUUAUUGUAAUUUCUUUUAUAAAUCCAUUUAUAUGAAUUUGUGUUUUUUAAAAAGCCACAACUGCAUGUGUCAAGCAAAAGGAUACGCAGAUAGAGCUAAAUUUGAUCAGGUGAACCAAUGAAAAAAUGUUUCUUAGUCAUGUGGUACACAAAUAUACUGGCAUCAUCACCAUGAUUUUAGGUCUCACAAAUACAUAAUAUUUUAUAAUAAGGUCAUGCGAUAAACAAUAACAGUUGAACGAUAUUAAUAUAGGGAGGUAAAUAAUACCAGGCAGUAUAUGCGGAAGCCGCUUCCCAGGGAACCUCCACUAACAUUUUGAUUUUGGUCAGAAUUUAUUUGAUAAGUAGUUGUUUUAACCAACAACAAACUUAUGAACAAAUACAAACUUACACAAAAUGUUUAUACAUUUACAAUAACAUGGAUUGUUUUUAUGAUAUGAAUAUUUUGAAAUCUGAAUCAUUUAUGUAUUUAUUAUUUUGUCAAUGAAAUAGUAAUGUUAUAGAAUAAAUAUUGAAACAAACAAGAAAUAUGCUUUAACUUAACUUUGCCCUUGUUUUAUUCAUACUUACAUUCUUAAAUUAAAUUAAUGCUUGACUCGAAGCUGAUCUUGAGGUUAAAAUGAAUGUUUUAAAAACGGAAGAAACAAAAUGUAUCUUAAAACAAAAUGUAUCUUAAAAUGUAUCUUAAAGAUGGAAGAAACAAAAUGUAUCUUAAAACAAAAUGUAUCUUAAAAUGUAUCUUAAAGACGGAAGAAACAAAAAAGUCUAAUAAAGAUCUUCUUUUGUUGUUUUUUUAAAAUUAAAUUAUUGGUAUACAAUGAUAAACUCUUUCUUCGAGAUAGUUGGCUAUAUACAAGGUUAAUUCAUAUUCAAAUAGUGUUAAUAUUAUGUAAGGAAAGCCUUAUUUCUCAAAUGCUCAGGACUAAAAUUUCGUUUCUUAAACAAUUCUUUGUUUCUUAAAAAAACAUGUGAAAUACGUACAGAAAUUACCUUUUGAUACGGAUAAAGUUACCCUUGUUUCUCAAAAAAUGUCCUUCGAUAUACAAAUAUUCUCUAAGAACAUUCCAUUCUUAUUGUCCUAUGAAGUACUAAUGUAUACGAGGAACUUUCAACUUUAUUUUCCUUUGAUUUACAAUUUUCCUUUGACUUACAAUUGGUGCAACAGAAUCAUUCAAAGAGGAAAAUUUACUCGUAUGGUCUUCAGAUAUACUCAUUAUUGCCUGACAAAUUCUGUACCUAAUCAAGUCAUACUAUUUUUAGCUCGACUAUUCGAAGAAUAUGGAGAGCUAUACUACUCACCCAAGCGUCAGCAACGGCGUCGGCGUUGGCGUCACACCUUGGUUAAGGUUUUGCAUGCAAGCACACAUAGCUUAAUAUCUCAGCAACUACUUGAGGUAUUGCAUUGAGACUUUAUACAAUGGUACUCAACCAUCCAACCUACUUAAUUAACCAAGUAAGAUAACUCUAGUUUGCAUUUAAUGCAAAAAUAGACCUUUAUUAUUCGCUUUGAAAUUCUGGUUAAGGUUUUGCGUGUAAGCACACAUAGGUUAAUAUCUCAGCAACUACUUGAGGUAUUGCAUUGAGACUUAAUACAAUGGUACUCAACCAUCCAACCUACUUAAUUAACCAAGUUAGAUAACUCUAGUUUGCAUUUAAUGCAAAAAAUAGACCUUUACUUUUCGCUUUGAAAUUCUGGUUAAGGUUUUGCGUGUAAGCACACAUAGGUUAAUAUCUCAGCAACUACUUGAGGUAUUGCAUUGAGACUUGAUACAAUGGUACUCAACCAUCCAACCUACUUAAUUAACCAAGUUAGAUAACUCUUGUUUGCAGUAAAUUCAAAUAAUGGCCCCUUUUUUGACAUAGAAAUUCUGGGUAAGGUUUUGCAUGUAACCACUUUUAGGUCGAUACCUCAGCGAAUACAUCAUGUGUUGCAUUGAAACUUUACACACAGGCUCCAAACCAUUUAACCUUCUUCUUUAAUCAAGUAAGAUAACUCUAUCUUUCAUAUUAUAUAAUUUUUGCCACUUUAUUACGAGACUUAGAAAUUCUGGUUAAGGUCUUGCAUGUUAUCACACAUAGGAUAAUAUCACAGCAACUACUUGAUGUAUUGCGUUGAGAUUUUAUACAAUGGUAUUCAGCCACCCAACGUAAUUGAAUAACCAAGUUAGAUAACUGUAUUUUGCAAAUAAUGGCCCUUAUUAUUAGACUUCUGGUUAAAAUUUUGCAUGUAACCACAUUUUUGUUAAUAUCUCAGCACAUCAUGUAUUGCAUUGAAAUCUAAUCUAACAGUGAUCCAUGCAUGUUUCCCCAAAACUUUUUAAUCCUUACAUUGAAAAGCGACGGAAUAGUCGAGCGCGCUGUCUCCGUGACAGCUCUUGUUUUUCGUAGAUUCACAACAGCAUGUGAGGAAAUAUAUCCAUAAUAUACCAUGUUUCUUCAAUGUUUAUGUUUUAUAAUAAGUACGUAUAUGUUAGA